AUGCAGAGCAUCACGUUAAUAGUCGUCGCGGUCGUUAUGACCAUGGCCCUCGCAGAAGGUCAGUAUUAUGUCCCGAGAGCUUACUACACAAUCGACGCGGAGGGUCACGUGUCGGCGCCGGUGCCUCUGCGCAGGUUGCGUCGAUCCUUCAACCCGUACCCCUUCGGCGGUGCCAACGCUAACGCAAACGCCGAAGCUAACGCCUGGGGCGGCGGAGGCGCUAGUGCAAAUGCGAACGCACGCGCAAGCGCUGGAGGUUGGGCCUUACCAAUUGGCGGAUAUGGCGCUGGCAACCCCAACGCACUUAGACACUAA